AUGGUGGGCGUAUUGGAGAAGCUCUUCCGUACGGCCCCGGAGAGAGGGAACUCUAGCCACAGCCUUCACGUCGAUCAAGAAAAUGAAGAUCCUUCUGUCCAACGUCAGGGCCCAGUUUCCGACCGGAAACAUCUGAUUCUGGGCCGCAUGGUGGGAACCUCUCUCUCACUCUCUGUGCCUCUCUCUAUGUCUCUCUCUAGCUUCAUCGUUUCCUUAUGCACUCCGUCAGUGGAGCAGGUUCUUGCAGAGAUGGUCGGGACCUUCAUCCUGGUGUUCUCUGUGUGCGGAGUAGUAUCCUGCUCUUACGUGAGCAGGGGGGAGCUGGGUCUGACGGAGUACGCCCUAACUGGAUGCGUCUCGCUGGUGGUCCUCGCAGUUGUCGUGGGACCCAUCUCGGGAGCCCACGUCAAUCCCUCCAUCACCAUAGCCUUCGCCACAAUUGGCGAAUUUCCCUGGUCCAAGGUAACUCUUCAUUUGCUCCUAACAUGUUCGACCAUAUGCCUCUCAGAGUGCUAAGGUUCUAGUCUCCUUAAUGGUAUUCAUGUUCAUGACUGCAAUCCAUGGCCGAAAACAUGCUCGAUCAUAUGCCUCUGCCGACACAGGUCCCUUAUUAUGUUGCCGCACAGAUGGUCGGAUCGACCAUGGCAGCAUACGUUGGCAAGCUCGUGUACAAGACCCCCCCUGAGUUUGCCGCCACAAGGCCGACCAGAGGAUCCAUGACCGCAUUCUGGGCGGAGCUGUUCGCCACCAUGUUCAUCAUGCUGAUUUCUUCUGCCCUCUCUUUCCAUGCUGAGGUGGUAAGAAUCAGUUCAACCCUGUUUGUCACUUCAUGAUCUUCCUUCCAUUAUGGUCUCACCACCCAGAAAAAAGCGGAAAUAAAUAGAAUCUGAUGUUAAUCCCUUCCUAUAGAUACAAAGAGAGAUUUGAAUCUCUCCAUCGAAUCAGGAUGAUUCUUGUUUCAGCAACCAACCAACCCCCCCUCCCCCGGCACAAAAAAAAAGAAAAUAAAAAUAUGACAUAAUCCCGUUCUAAUUUAUACAGAUUUAAGGGCGGAUACGCAGAGGAAUUUGAAUCUCUACAAGGAAUGAGGAUGAUUUUGGAUUCAGCACCCAUGAAAAAAACAAGAAAAAAAAGGUCUGAGAGAAUCACCAUCUAGUUCAUACAGACUCAGAGAUAGAUACACAGAGGCUUGAACCUGUUCGCCGAAUCAGAGGAUGAUCUAUGUUUCUGUUUCCAUUUCAGUUCGGACAAGUGGCUAGUUUUGCUAUUGGCGCAUCAAUUGGCCUCGCGGUCUUAAUCACAGGGUAUGGCAUCUGGUCAUGAAGCAUAUCAAUCAGUUUUAAUAUUUACUGAUGCUAAUAUCGUGCACUGAAGAGGUGUAGUCGUCGCCAGUUCUCAUCAAAGUUCAAGUCUUAUGGCCUUAACUCUGAGCAAUUCAUGCACUAUUAUCUCACCCCUAAUGAUCUAAUUUAUUGGGUUUCUUUCAAUAUGAUAUGGUCUGAAUCUAAACUCAACAGUCCUUCCAGAAGUGAUGUACCAUGUUGAUUCCAUAACAUCAGAUACAUCUGAAUAAAAUGGACCAUCUGUUUUUUUCAUUUUGGAUUUAUUCCAAUUCUUCAUCUCUGUACCACAUUUUAGUUAUAGAUUAAUAUAAAAAUCUAUUUAACUGGCAAUCUUACUUUGUGUAAAUUGAUUAAAUGCACAAGAAUAAUGGUAUUUAAUAUUAAUGAUAAGAUAUUUAGGAUAUGUUGGCCAAUGCUCUGCAUCUACAACAGGGCAGGAUUUUAGAAUUUUUAUCUAUUUUCUUCUAAAAUGUGGUAGGCCAGUGUCAGGAGGUUCCAUGAACCCAGCAAGAUCGCUGGGCCCCGCGAUUGUGUCGUGGAGGUUCGAUGACCUGUGGCUGUACCUUGUGGCCCCCACUGCAGGGGCUGUCACUGGGGCCCUCCUCUACAAGCUCAUGCAGUUUCCUCACCCCCACCCUACUCACGGGCACUGUAAUUCUUCUUCGUCUUCUUCCUCUUCGCCCUCCCCUUUGGGCGCCUCGCAGCCAACUGGAGCAAGCUGA